AUGAAUAUCACACCCCAAAUUUUGGAACACUGGCUUGAAGCCUCCAACCUCUCUAGACAGCAGUUCAUCCAGAAGUAUGCCAUUCCUCCCCUGGUGUAUGUGCCCAGGAUGCCGGACACCUUGCAGCCUGUCUUUGGCGUUCUGUACGUGCUGAUCUUCAUCCUGGCUCUGACAGGCAACGCGGUGGUGCUCCUCCUGCUGUGUCAACGCAAAGCUGCACAGUCUCCCAGCACCCUCUUCAUCAGCUCCCUGGCGCUGAGCGACAUCCUCAUCUCCCUCUGCUGCCUGCCCGCCACCUGCUUCCAGAAUUUCUUCACCAACUGGCUUGCAAGUGACUUUCUCUGCAAGCUGGUGCCUUUUUCGCAGGUGACUGCGGUGACGGCAAGCAUUCUCACCUUGACCUGCAUCGCCGUGGAGAGGUUUCACGGAAUCCUGUACCCAAUGCGGUUCCAGAACAGCUGCUCCACGCACCAUGCCACCAAGAUGCUGUUGGCCGUGUGGCUAGUUGCUCUAGCAGUUGCAGCCCCAAUGGGGUAUGCUCAAAGAGUGGAGGUCAAGUAUGACUUCCUGUUUGAUGUGCGCUACAUCUGCUGCCAGGAGGUCUGGCCGCACAACCAGCAGCGCCGAGCCUACACCACUGUUCUCUCAGUGCUGCUUUUUCUCAUUCCCAUGGCAACCAUGGCGGUACUGUACUUCAAGAUCAUUAGAGAGCUGUGGGGUAAACACAGGGUUCACGCCAUCAUGUUAGAGACUCUAGAAUCAGAGAUCAGUAAGAUAACCAGGAGGAAGAGGCGUGCUGUGAGAAUGAUGGUUACUGUCGUGCUCCUGUUCGGAGUGUGCUGGGCCCCCUUUCACCUUGUCUCUCUGCUCUCCGAUUAUGGAAUGCUGCACCUGAAUUCAGACUCAGAGUUUGUGGUGUUCAGCGUGGUGCAGCUCCUGGGCUUCAGCAACUCCGUCUGCAACCCCGUGGUGUACGUUACCCUCGGCGACAACUUCAAGAAGGACCUGGUGGGCCGGUUGGUGAGAGCCAGAAAAAGGGCAUGGCUGCCCACCUGCUGCCUCAGGGGCAGGUCCCGGGUGGACGUCUGGGUGGUGGAGCCGCCCGGCCUGAGGAGACGCUCGGAGCAAAGCACGCUGGAGGUGGAGCUGCAUCAGUGGAACAGGGAGGCCUGGGGGCCGGGGCUGGGGCCAGAGCCAGCCUCCUCCAGCCCAUUCCCCAGGGUGCACCUCUUCAGGGCCUGCUGCAAAAAAAGUAGCAGCCCCCUGCUUCUCAGUGUCACGGAUCCCCUCCACAACAGCACACCAGACAUCUGA